AUGAAGAAACAAGAAGAUCUUGUGAUGGGAGUGACCAGUAGACAUCUCCUUGCUGCCAGAAUUCAUUUUUUAGAUGUCAACCUUGAGGAUGAAAUCAAGGAUGUCAUGGUUUCACAUAAGUUCAUGGUGAUGAGGUUUGGUGGCAGCACGCAAGAGAUCACUCCGAAUAUAUCAAAGGUGAACUUUGACAAACAUGGUUUUGACAACUUCAUGUACUGCAAUUUUUGGACACUCACUCAAUGGCACCAGAGGUUCCAGAGGUGGGUGGCCUUUUUUUCAACCCUGAUCAUUGGAGGUGGUGUUGUUCAUUUCAUUCUUAGCCAACUGCUCAGUAGUGGUUGGACUUUGCAAAAGAAUGUCUUCAUGUCAAAUUAUGGGCUACAUUGGACAUUCACAACACCAACACAUGAUUGCAGGGCAAGGUUGCUGGCAGAAUUUGGAAAUAAGGACAUUACACUGUUGGUCUUGUCAUAUGUUGUGAUUGUAUGA